AUGGGUACAGCAGUUUUAUCAGGGGAAUUCAAUUUCUGUGUUCUUUGCAGUGAGAGCAGUGAAGUUCUGCAGUACACAGCAACUGCAGCUGAGGAUGUGGAGAAGGUAAUUGAAGACAUCGAGUACCUGAAGUUUGACAAGGGGCCAUGGGUGGAGCAAGAUGAUGUUUCUUUCCAUCACUUGAGACUUUACGUGCAGGACAAAGCUGGAGUGCUGGAUUCCGUGUCCAUCCCGCGCUUCGUCCCCGAGAUCACCAUUGGUGGCUCUGAGUACGACAAGAUCUAUUAUGAGUACCGGGAGCUCCCUGGGCACAAGUACAAGCCAGGCUACAACGCUGAUGUUGGGGACAAGUGGAUCUGGCUGAAAUGAAAUCUGUUCCUGCUGGAGCCCUGGCCAGGAUGGACCACAGGACCUGAGAGAAGAGGAGCCACGUUCAGUGCACCUGCUGCACAUCACUUGUGUAGCACCAAGGAAACACUGCUGAAAUCAUUUCCCGUCCCCAGCAGAAGGGAGUAGACUCCCAGAAGGAAAACCACUUCAUUCUGGUUUGUUUUUCCCUGAGGAACUCAGGGAUGUUGGAUAGUCAGUGUGGGAUAGCCAAGUGAGCUGGGGCAGGCUGAACAUCAGAGCUGAAUUUUCUCUUCCUCGAGACUGUGGCACAUUAUUAUCCAGGAUUAGUGUUGUUCUGCUGAUUCAAGAGGAAUUAAACCUGUACCCUCCUGACUCUCACAAAGUUAAUAUCUUGUUCUGUCAUGCGUGGUGUUCUAUGAGGUUCAUUAGAAGCAACAAUGUGUUCUGAAAGGCACUGCCUGGACCUCAGCAAAGCAUAAGAAGUUCGUUGAGAGAUGGAAAUUAGGUAUCUCAAUUAAUACAGCAAAAAUCUCUGCUUAAAAUUCUAAAAAAACAGUCAAAAUAAUUGCCAGCAGUUGUACUUACAGCUUCUUGCUUUGAUUCUACUAUAGAGUGAGAUAUUUGUUGGCUAUAAAAGACAAGUGAAAUUA